GUUACUCAUACUUUGAACCUACCUUCUCAGCUCUCUUGUUGGCUGGAGUAACUCACUAUGGCUGCUAAAAAUAUAAUGACCAAUUCUCAUCCCAAGUCCAUUCUCCAUGCAAUGAACUCUCUGCGAAAAAAGAACACAUUGUGUGAUGUGGCGCUGCGUGUGGAGCAAAAAGACUUUCCAACCCACCGUAUUGUGUUAGCUGCUUGCAGUGACUACUUCUGUGCUAUGUUCACCAGCGAGCUUUCAGAGAAGGAUAAACCCUAUGUAAAUAUCCAAGGGCUAACAGCCUCAACUAUGGAAAUAUUGCUGGACUUUGUGUACACAGAAACUGUUCAUGUGACAGUGGAGAAUGUGCAAGAGUUGCUCCCAGCAGCCUGUCUGCUUCAAAUAAAAGGAGUAAAGCAGGCUUGCUGUGAGUUCCUAGAAAGCCAGUUGGAUCCCUCCAACUGUUUGGGCAUCCGAGACUUUGCUGAAAGACACCAUUGUGUUGACUUAAUGCAGGCAGCUGAAGCCUUUAGCCAGAAGCACUUCCCGGAUGUAGUUCAACAUGAAGAGUUUAUACGCCUAAAUCAAGAUGAAGUGGGAAAGCUCAUCAAAUGUGAUGAAAUACAG